CAUCUCCAUGGAUUAGGACGUCAAUUGCAAUUAAUUGCACAUCAUCAAAAAUGCUCGCUCCGUGUUGGUACUUGUCAGUACUUCUCAUAGUCGCAGUAUCCGGUGCGCCGGUUGCGAACUCAGAAUCGGGAGAGAACGGCGGUAAAUCGGAUGUUCCUGUCGAACAAUUGGAAAAGUUAAAAUUGGCAGAUACCAGCAAGGAAAUGCUUGAACUGCAGAAAGAGCACGUUGAAUUUCACGAACUAGAUGCUAUAAAAGAAGACGGUGAGGUUGUAUCUAAGUUCGAGCAGCACGCAUCAGCUGACACGGUCCCGGGAGAGAAGCCGCAAAUGCAUGCGCAUGCGCAGCUCGACAUACCAGCAGCGGGAGUGCACAAGGUGGUUGUACAAGAUGGAACGCAUGUCAGCGUAGUCGACGCUACUGUACCUACCACUGUCGCUAGCGAGGAGCAGACUACUAAGGUGUUCCAUGGUGCUGCCCGUCUGGUGCAACCCGGGUCGGCCACGUCAUCCAACAACCCCGCCGCCCACGCCAACCACCCGCCGAAUCACUCCGCCGUGCGACGAGCAUUUAACGCAGAUAUUACCAAAGACAACAGGAACAAUAUGGAGCACAUCUCGUACCCGGGCGUGCAGUACUCGCCCCUCGACAUGGCGGAGUACGUGUUCUGGACGGGCGACGAGCGCGGCGUCACCACUGCCAUCGAAGACUUCCUACAAGAGGGCAUGAUGACAAAAGAAGAAGCGAUCAAUUUCCUACAAGAGAUCAAGUUCAACAUAGAGUACUUGCGCGCGCACUACGCACAGAACAUCCGCGCGGCGGAGGAGGGCGCGCAGCAGGAACGAUUGAGGAACAUUCUGAUGGAACAGAACGCCAAGGAGUAUCAGUACAGGCCGGCGCAGUUUCCGUUCACCAGCGACCGCAGCGCCGCCAAGUGGGAACUCAACAACAACCUGCUGCCAGCGCUGCCAGAGCUGCCAGCGAUGCCCACCGCCGACGUCAGACCUGAACCUAUGAAGCGAUCCUACGACCCAAUGCUCCAGACUAACAUAAUUAGUACUUCUGAUUACGAACGCGACGGACAAAUUAUAACAGAGGAGGAGUACGAGGAGAUGAUGGAGAAACUUCGAGCUGCAGAUAAUUUAUACACUGAGUACACUCUGGAGGAGAUUAUUUAUCAACUGGCUAAGAUGAUGUUCUCUCAGUCGCUGUCGCGCGAGCCGGCGAGCGCGCGCGCGGCCACGCAGCGCUUCAUGGCCUUCCUCGAGCUGGAGGCGGAGCGCGGACAGCUAUCGCGCACCAUCGAGAAGAAAGUCCUCGAUGUAAUGAUCGCUGCGCUGACGGACACCAUCGGCGACCACCCCGAGCUGCUGCAGCCCAGAGAUGCGGUCGGACUCAGCCCCGCUACCAAAGCGCUGCGGCAGUUGGGUGCGCGCGGCGCGCCGGAGCCGGUCGUGUCGCGCGCGCUGCUCGCCGCCUACCAGGACGAGCUGCUGCGGGCCGCGCACAAACUGCCCUACCCGGAGAGAAACUAGGUCUUACGUGUGCCAUUUGCGUCUCUAAUAUAAGCAAAUGUAUGUUUACUUAUAAUUUAGCUAAGUAUCAUUUAUGUAUACCAUUCCGAUAAAAAGAUGAAAUAUCCCGCCUAUAUUUUAAAGCUGUGUUUAUUCCUAAAAUUUACUUCGCAUUCUUGAAGGAUAUUUUUUUGCGAUAAACGCCCUAUAACACUCACAUUGUACGUAAGAAUUGAGGGUAGUUAAAAAAAUAUUUCAAAGAACCAUUUCUAUACCCUAACUUUUUAUUGUUUAAUUUUGUUUCUGAAAUUUACUAGAAGCUUGAAAUAUACAUUGUAAUAUAGACUUAAAUAUCAAAAAACAUGUCUCAAUAUCAAAUUACCUUUUGAACUUUUCCCCUUACAUUUGUAGUGCAAUGCCAAAAAGGUAGUCUUAGGUACCUGAAUUGAUUAGAAUUUAAGGACUUUUGUAUAUAGUUAUAAAAAAAAAA